GUGCGUAUCACCGGCGGGCGUGCAAAAGGCGAAAUAAAUUUCUUCUUCCUGUUCGUGCAAGUGUUACAGUUUUAGAAAAGAAAAUGAAUCGAAAACGCUUGCUUCUCAAAGUGAUCAUCUUAGUAGGCGUGUUGCUCCUUUUGUUUUGCACACAAAGCGCGGAUGCCGGCAGUCAGCACAAAAAGAAGAAGAUCACUAUUCACGUGCCAGUUCACAAGAAAGUUGAAAAGCACACGCACACCGUGAUCAAGCAUAUACAUCACCAUCACAAACCGAUUGUCAUCAAGGAAGAGAAAGUCAUACACGAGGAACAUCAUCCGAUCAUACACAAGGAACAUAUCUCUCACGAACAUAAGCAUCAUCACGAGGAGAAGCACGAGCAUGUGCAUCCAAUUAUAGAAGAGGAGGAAGAGCAUAUACACCACCACCAUCAAUAUGAGCACAAAGAGGAGAGCCACGAGAGUUGAAUGUGAAAAAAGGGAAGCGAAGAGCGUCCAGGAGAGCCAUGAGCAGUGAUGUAGGUUUAAAAUAUUUUAAUUAAUAAAAUUUUAAGGUAUUAAAAACUU